AUCUGACAUGGCGGAUCAAGAUUAUGAACGAGUGUUGUGUGUCAAAAAUGAAGUGUUUGUGUUUAAGAUCCCUCCUAGGCAAUCAAACAGAGGAUACAGAGCUGCUGAUUGGAAGUUAGAUAAUCCUGAUUGGACUGGUCGAUUAAAAGUAGUUUCUGUUGGAAAAGAUUUAGUUUUGAAAUUGGAAGAUAAAGACAAAGGUGAACUGUUCGCUAAAUGUCCUGUCGAUGAAUAUCCUGGUAUAGCUGUUGAAUCUGUCAUGGAUUCUAGUAGAUAUUUUGUGAUUCGUAUCAAAGAUGAUGGUGGUCGCAGUGCUUUCAUUGGUAUUGGUUUUACAGAUAGAGCAGAUUCUUUUGAUCUCAAUGUAACUCUGUCCGAUCAUUUCAAGGGUUUAAAGUCUGAUGAGUUAGCUAAAAACAGUGUGCAAGAGUUAGAAAAAGGUCCAAAAUUAGAUUUAGGUUUUAAAGAAGGUCAAACAAUUACUAUUAAUAUAGGGAAUAAGAAAUCAGAUGCUUCUAAACCAAGACCCAGACCUCAGGGAGGUGGAGCCAUAGGUUUAUUACCACCUCCUCCAGGUGGUGUCAAACUUGCACCCCCUGGUAAAGGUGCAAGCCCAGUGCAUAAACCUCCUACCCCUCAACCUAGCCCAGUAAAUCCUAUGCCUCCUCCAGGCAAUAGUUUGGAUCUACUGUGUGAUUUUGGAUCAACCUCUACAAAUAAUAGUACAUUCCAAUCCAGUAAUAUGUCUGCUUUUCCACAAGCAACAUCCCAGACCAGCAAACUUGACAGUGGGGAUCCAUGGGGAGAUUUCACAGGUUCUACUCCUUCUAGUACAGCUCAAUCUCAACAGUAA